UCAGAAUGUGGAGGGACCCGGGGUUCCUUGCAGGAGCUGGCCAUAGGUGUGCUGGCUGUGUGUGUGUGUGUGUGUGUGUGUGUGUGGACUGAGAAGGGGUGCGCAGUCAGGAUUCCAGCCCAGGGUAGGCGGGGUGUUAGGUGUAGCACACAGGGCCUCCAGAGUGUCCUCACCUAUGGUUUAGGCCCCCCUCGGGGCUGAGUCCACCCCCUCCCGGCUGUCCCUCCAAGAAGUCCCUCUGCCGGUUCCAGCCCUGCUCACACGCAUUUUCCGAUUUCCUGCAGCCUCCGCCCUGCAGCAGCAGCUGGGUGACUCAGGACCCCUGCAGCCGGGUCCCCAGCUCCUGAGAUCUUUGUUUGCUCAGGCCUUUGGCUCUGGCCCUCUUGCCUGGGGCGGUCAGAGGAUUUCCUGAGCCCCACCCUUGCCCUCAGACAGCUAGGCCAGCGGAGCCUGGGUUGGGGGGUCCCUGAGGCUGGCCAGCCACUUUCCCUGGGCUCAGGAGAUGGAAAGCCAAAAGGCUGAGCCUGGCCCGAGGCCUCUGGAAGAUGAGAAGGAGCUGAUCCGCCGGGCCAUCCAGAAGGAGCUGAAAAUCAAGGAGGGCAUGGAGAACCUGCGCCGCGUGGCCACAGACCGCCGCCACCUGGGCCACGUGCAGCAGCUGCUGCGAUCCUCCAACCACCGCUUGGAGCAGCUGCACAGUGAGCUGCGGGAGCUGCACGCCCGCGUCCUGCUGCCCAGCCCGGCAGCAGAGCCUGUGGCCUCCGGACCCCUGCCACGGGCAGAGCAGUCCAAGGCUCGGCACCUGGAGGCCCUGCAGAGGCAGCUGCAGGUGGAGCUGAAGGUAAAGCAGGGGGCUGAGAACAUGACCCACACAUGUGCCAGUGGCACCCCCAAGGAGAGAAAGCUCCUGGCUGCUGCCCAGCAGAUGCUGCGGGAUUCCCAGCUGAAGGUGGCCCUGCUCCGCAUGAAGAUCAGCAGCCUGGAGGCGAGUGGGUCCCCCGAGCCAGGCCCUGAGCUGCUGGCCGAGGAGCUGCAGCACCGACUGCACAUCGAGGCUGCAGUGGCCGAGGGUGCCAAGAAUGUGGUGAAGUUGCUCAGUGGCCGGAGGACGCAGGACCGCAAGGCCCUGGCUGAGGCCCAGACCCAGCUCCAGGAAUCCUCGCAGAAGCUGGACCUGCUCCGGCUGGCCUUGGAGCGGCUGCUGGAGGGCCUGCUGCCCACCCACCCUCUACGCAGCAGGGUGGCCCAGGAGCUGCGAGUGGCAGCACUUGGGAACCCACAGCCUGCGGGGACCCUUGUGAAGCCCACCGCCCUGACGGGGAUGCUGCAGGUCCACCUCCUGGGCUGUGAGCAGCCUCUGGCAGUCGUGCCCGGACGCUCUCCGGUGGCCGCGCUGGCUGGCAGCCCCUCCAGGCUCGAGGACUUCCUGGACAAUGCUUGCCACCAGCUGUCCCUCAGCCUGGUGCCACAGGGCCGACUCUUUGCCCAGGUGACCUUCUGUGACCCUGUCCUUGAGAGGCGGCCCCGGCUGCGGAGGCAAAAACGCGUUUUCUCUAAACGCCGAGGCCAGGACUUCCUGAGGGCUUCACAGAUGAACCUCAGCAUGGCAGCCUGGGGGCGCCUGGUCAUGAGCCUGCUGCCCCCCUGCAGCUCACCCAGCACCAUCAGCCCCCCCAAAGGUUGCUCUCGGACCCCGACUACACCCCGUGGGGCCUCUGAGCCUGCAUCCCCCAGUAAUCUGCCCAAGAAGACCCCCUUGGGAGAAGAAAUCCAGCCCCCGCCCAAGCCCCCACGCCUCUUCCUGGCCCAGGACCCCACCCCGGAGGAGACGCCGUGCACCAAACGCCCUCACAUGGAGCCGAGGACCAGACUCGUGCCUGCCCCUCCAGCCUCCGCCCCCAGGAAACCACCCCGGCUGCAGGACUUCCACUGCCUGGCCGUGCUGGGCCGGGGACACUUCGGGAAGGUCCUCCUUGUCCAGUUCAAGGAGACAGGUAAAUACUUUGCCAUCAAGGCGCUGAAGAAGCAGGAGGUGCUGAGCCGGGAUGAGGUCGAGAGCCUGUACUGUGAGAAGCGGAUCCUGGAGGCAGUGGGCCACACAGGGCACCCCUUCCUGCUCUCCCUCCUUGCCUGCUUCCAGACCACCAGCCACGCCUGCUUCGUGACCGAGUUUGUGCAAGGUGGGGACCUCAUGAUGCAGAUCCACGAGGACGUCUUCCCUGAGUCCCAGGCCCGCUUCUACCUGGCCUGUGUGGUCCUGGGGCUGCAGUUCCUACAUGAGAAGAAGAUCAUUUACAGGGAUCUGAAAUUGGAUAAUCUCCUGCUUGACGCCCAGGGUUUUCUGAAGAUUGCGGACUUUGGGCUGUGCAAAGAAGGGAUUGGCUUUGGGGACCGGACGAGCACCUUCUGUGGCACCCCGGAGUUCCUGGCCCCCGAGGUGCUAACGCAGGAGACGUACACGCGGGCUGUGGACUGGUGGGGUCUGGGCGUGCUGCUGUACGAGAUGCUGGUGGGUGAGUGCCCGUUCCCAGGGGACACAGAAGAGGAGGUGUUCGACUGCAUUGUCAACACAGAUGCCCCGUACCCCCACUUUCUCUCGGUGCAAGCCCUUGAGCUCAUUCAGAAGCUCCUCCAGAAGAUCCCGGAGCAGCGCCUGGGUGCUGGUGAGCAGGAUGCGGAGGAGAUCAAGGUCCAGCCGUUCUUCAGGGUCACCGACUGGCAGGCCCUCCUGGCCCGCGCCGUGCAGCCCCCCUUCGUGCCCGUCCUCUGCGGCCCCGCAGACCUGCGCUACUUCGAGGGCGAGUUCACAGGGCUGCUGCCGGCCCUGACCCCGCCCAGCCUACGAAGCCCCCUCAGUGCCCGCCAGCAGGCCGCCUUCCGAGACUUUGACUUUGUGUGCGAGCGCUUCCUGCAGCCCUGAGUCCACGGCCGGGCCUGGACCCCAAGAACCCACAGGUGCCUGUGUGUGCCCUGCCCAGCGGCGUGACUCUCAGGUGUCCGGAGCCCAUGGGACUCGAGGUGGUGGCCCGUGGGCUGCUGUGUGGGCUUUGCUGUGUCACUGGGCGGAGGGUCCCCUUCCUGCCCUCUACUCCUCCUCAGCCUCCCAGCAAGAGCCGGACCAGGAAGGGCACUGCAGUGAGGAGUGGCUUGGUUUGUCUUUUUAAUACUUGACUGGCUUUGUGGAUUAUU